ACGAUUUAAAUCACGUCUCGUCGAACUUUAUCCAAAAUAACGAUUAACAUUACUAAAUAACUCGAUAUGGAGUCAUCUAACUACGAAGACCAAUUGAUGAAUAUCUCAGCUUUCAUCAAGACAAGUCAAGAACGAUAUGAACGCGAGAAAAAAGAGAGGGAAGACCGUUUUCGCACUCUACACCAAAAACGUCAAAGUAUCCUUGUCGACCGUUCAGUUAUUUUAAGUCGGCUUAAUUCGACUGUGAAGAAAGUGAGAGACAAAAUACCGCUCUAUGAGACAAAGGUUCGGGUUGUUAGGGAUGAAAAUGCUGUGAGAAGACGAAUUAGGGCGCAGCCCUACAGAGGUGAGCUAGGAAUUGGUUCAUAUGAAGCAUGGCAGUUAGAGGAUUUCUACUUCAUACGAGAUUUUGUACAAUCUUGGAUUGACGAAAUUCUUGAUUAUGUUGUGUGUCAGCCUUUUACUAGCAACAGGGAUGGAUUCACAGAAAGUGUGAAUGAAAUGCAAGAGCAGUUGGAACUUGAGCAAUCUGAGAUGUGCUAUGCUUCAGCCAUGCAAGCAACACAGGAAGAUAUACUAAAUGAAGUGUGCAAGGACCUGGCUGGCGAGGCUGUGAGCGUGAGUUUAGCCAUUCAUUACCAAGCACAGCAGACAGUUGGCAACAUGAUCCUGAAAGGAAUACUCCCAACUGAAGGGCAGAUAGAGGAAAACAUGGAAAGUCUGCUGUCUUAUACUUACAUUCAAAUGAAGAAGGACCGAAACAAGCAACAUAAAGUAUGGCAUCAUACUCAAAACUUAGUAUAUGUUAGUGACGAAGGUACAGAAAUACCAGAAUCAGAGGAAGAUGCAUUUGACGGGAAUGUCUUAUCCUUGGAAGAAAUCGUUCCAUACAACAAGAUCCCAGAUCACAAGUUUUCUGAGAAUUUUUUAACUUAUAGGGAUUCUGAAUUGCAGUUCUGGUCUGGGUUUAGUGACCCAAUCUUCUCCAUACUCCCACUCCCUAAAAGGUACAAAGGGAUAUACUGCACUGCGCUGUCAUCAGAUCACUCCUUAUUGGCCGUGGCUGCAGCUCAAGGAGAUCUGGCUGUGUGGGAUUUGUCGAUCUACCCUCCUAGAGUCUUAAAAGGGUGCAGGGGGAAAUUCACUGUGAUAUCUAUGGAAUGGUCACUAGAUUCAACACAGAUAUUAACCCUUGACAAGCUUGGUACUAUACAGAUAUGGUCAAUGUUAAAUGCAAAUUCCAGUAUUUUUGACGUAAAAGGGUUUGAACCUGUGGAAGAAAACCUGGGUUUCAAAACAACUGAGCUUAAAUCCAUCAUUAGCUUGGAACCCCAGGACUUGCUCUUUACUGAAGGAAACUUGGUGUCAAUGAAUGAACAUGUUGUGAAGCCAACAACUGUUGCCUUUCACCCAACGUUUUCAUUCCUUGGUCGCCAGGAAUCAAUAAUGGUUGGACUUGCAGAUGGAAAUAUCUUGAAACUCAACCUUGGUAGAUCAAGUGUUGGACAAGGUGUUCAAAACAAAGUUGGUGAAGGCAUUAACGCAGAGUUAUUUCAAGCCCAUAAACAUCCUAUUCAACUCAUAUCAUUUGUAAACAAUGACAGUCCUAUGAUUACCUUUGAUGCCCAAGCUUAUAUACACCUCUGGGAGAAGAAGGACGAGAGCCUCUCAGGGUUUGGUUGGCAUACGCCUAUAGCAAGUUUCAGGUUAGACUCUACAGAGAAGACUUACGAGCCUGUAGAAGGGAGCACAGAAAAGGUUGAGUUCGUUGAUACUGUCAAGGGAACUGGAAAAAUCAAGGAACUAAACCGGAGUGACAUGAUUGAGAAAAGAAAAGAAACUCAAACUUUUAUUAAUUCACUUUAUCUUGGAAGACCAUGGAAAACCAAAGAUGUUGGAGAGAAUAAGAUCAACCAUCUUUACUCUCCAAGGAAUGUCCCUGAAAGUGGGGCAACAUUCCACUCAGUCACCUACUACAAAGAUACCAAAUUACUGAGCCGAUAUACUACUUUACUGUAUCGGCCAAUCAGAGUGGAUUGCACCAAGAUCUUAUCAUGUGAAAUGAAUUUCUCGGGAAACAAGCUUGUGGUUGCUUUGCUUUUCGGCGACGUUCCUCCAAAGACACCCCAUGUCCGGUUUGUCACCCUUGAAAUCCCAGCAAUGAAAGUAAGUCCAAAUGUAAUCGAAGUUGCACUGACUGAAGACGAAUACAGAGAAUGUAAGGAAAUUGGCAGCUGUGGUUUUGAUCUGACGAAAGUGAUUGAUGCAACUGGUUCAGAGUACAUUGUUACAAAUGUCUGCGGCACAAUUGGUGGCUUCUCGAUGACAACUGGAAACUUAAUCAUGGCGUCUGGUGAGAGAGAUUGGACAGGUUGUGAUCUGGGUAAAAAUCAAGCAAUUUUCUCAACAGCAAGAGUCAAAGUUGCAAGUCAGGCAUCAGUACUUUGUGCCCUUUUCUACGCACCAAAGCAAAAUAUGGCAAUCCUAUUGCACCUCAGGGACAAAAACACCAAAAUUGUUCGACAACAAGUGUGGCAAGACUGGCAGAGACUCAAAGGUGCUAAAGAGAUCCCCGUCCAACAAACUUGGCAGAAAAAGCAAUGGACAUUUGAUGGGGAGUUUGCUUUUCAUUUGGAGUACACAAUGGAAAGCCUUGUGCUGGAGUUAGCUGAUGCUGCUGUUUGGGAAUCUGAAGGGAUUGAGCACAAAAUCAAAUCUGGUUCACAGGGCUUGAAAAACAGGGUCCUUCCAUUUGUGAGGCAUCUUCCAUCAGGAGGAAAUGAUUCUGACUAAACUACAAUCACACAAACUUGCCUUGGAA